AUGGAGCCGGCCCGGGAGGCCCCCGCGCGGACCCGGCCGCCGCCGCCCGCCGCCGCCCGCCCCGCGCCCGCCGCGCCCAGGCCGCGCUCGCCCGCGGAGGCGGAGGCGGGGGCGGAGGCGGAGGCCCGCGGCCCCGAGGCGCUGCUGCGGCGGUCGGGGUCGGGCUACGAGGGCAGCACCAGCUGGAAGGCGGCGCUGGAGGACACCACCACACGUCUCCUGCUGGGGGCCAUCGCGGUCCUUCUGUUCGCCAUCCUGGUGGUGAUGAGCAUCCUGGCUUCCAAGGGCUGUAUCAAGUGCGAAGCGCCCUGCCCGGAGGACUGGCUGCUCUACGGAAGGAAAUGCUACUUCUUUUCUGAGGAGCCAAGAGACUGGAACACAGGCAGGCAGUACUGCCAUACUCAUGAGGCCGCGCUGGCUGUGAUUCAGAGCCAGAAGGAGCUGGAGUUUAUGUUCAAGUUCACACGGAGGGAGCCCUGGAUUGGUCUGCGCAGAGUCGGGGAUGAAUUCCACUGGGUCAACGGGGACCCGUUCGACCCGGACACGUUCCCCAUCUCAGGCCUGGGAGAGUGUGUCUUCGUGGAGCCCACCAGGUUGGUGUCAACGGAGUGUCUGAUGACCCGGCCCUGGGUGUGCAGCAAGAUGGCCUACACAUGACGUGGGUCAGGCCAGCAGUGGCCCUCCAGUCAGGCUCUGAGACCUGCCUGCCCUAGGUUCCUCUCCCAGGCAAAGCAGUGAGGGGGGGUGGGCCUCUGCCUCGGCCUCUGCUCCAGGCCACACAGCCCUGGUUCCUGGUCUCCUCGGCCCCAGGCAGGUCCUGUGGCUUAGCAGUCAAAUCCCACAUGCUCAGUAGUGUAGGCAUCUCCCAAACACACACACGCACGCAUGCACAGGCAUGCACACAGUCUCUUCUGGAGUUCAGAGUCCAGCCUUAGUCACCCCAAGUCCCUUCCUGGUCCCACGCUGGAAUAUUUCUUCCCCAUGUAUCCCUGGUGCUUGGAGGAAGGAUGGGCACUGACACAGAUUGCAUUACUGUCUGCACAAUCAUUUCUCUCCUGGGUGCUGGGGAGGCAGGGAGGGUGGACUGCCCCACAUGGGGCCCCCUACAGCCACCCUCUUGGCCUUGCCCAGGGUUCCCAGGCAGGCCCCUGCUGUGUCUGUGGUGCUGUCGUGUUGGUCACUGAUGGAAUAAAGAGAUGACUGGC